CACUAGGCCAGUGCUGCCUCGUAGGUUUUGUGAUAGAAGCUUAGGAUGCGGGAUGGACACGACAGCUCGGGGAGCGGGCGCGGCGGGGCUCGCCAGCAAGGACGCUUCGUGCGCCCCUGGCCGCGCCCAGGCUGGGAAGAAAGAAGACGGCUGCCCGCGUCGCGGCCGGAGAUCAUUCUUGCCACGGGAAGCGAGAUAGGAAAGGCCGGCCGAGUUAAAGUGCAGGUUACCCUGCUCUUGCAAUUUAUGCUUGAAAAUUGCCAUAGGGUAUUUGGAGAAGACAUCGCUUUCCUUUAUGGAGAAUUUUCAGGGACAUGUGGCACUAGAGGAAAUGCCUCAGAUAUUUCUCACUUCCAUCUGAGUGACUCACCCUCAUAUGAGAGCUUGGAAAAUGAGCUAAAUGAGGAUAUUUAUGCCCCAUUCAGUGAUGUGGCAAAGAAACUUGGCAAGGGAAAGAUGCACAGAAUCUGUGUGAACGGACAUUGAUGGCCUUGACCCGUCUGAGGGGGAUACCUUCUCUGAAUGGCUUCCUCUUGGACCAUUUUAAAGAAGAAGAUGCUGAAACGGACCAGCCUCUUGAAGCCGAGACAGUGGACAUCAUUGUGUGCACAAGUGUCCUGCCGCGGCCCUGCCUUGCACACGCAGCCACCACCUGUCCACAGCUGCAGCAAAACUGUGAGGCAAAACUGGGACUGCUUAAAGCUCAGCACCCACUAUGUGGAGCCAUAGCUUUCCUGUCCCAGGGAGUUUUAUCAGAAAAAGCUAUGAAGUCCAUCUGGGAUGUUGUUCUCUGUCAAAAAGAUGAGGCUAUCUGAAGCAGAAUCAACCCCAUCGUGCAGGGGUGUAAGACAUGUUUGAAACAGAGUUUAUUCACAAGCACUGAUACUAGCAAGAAAAAUUCCACCAAUCGAAACCUUAAGAAGAACAGCUUAUCUGAUAAGGAAGAAAAUUGUAUGAAACUUUUCUGUAAGUCCAAGCCAUUAGCCUUUUCUGUGUCCUCACGGAAUCAUUCCAAAAACCAGUUGCUUGAUGUGGGUACAUCUGGGUACUCCCUCCCGCACACAGCACACGCCCUCGAGAGUAAAAGGAAACACAAGCGAGCGCAGCUCAGAGAACAACACAAGUGACUGGGGAGGCACACUGUCCUUUCCCUGAGGUCCUUGUUUAAAGAAGCAGUACAAAAGUAUCCCAGAGUCUGUUUUCUUCCAUAGAGGAACAAAAUCUUGUUAAUCAGAGUUCGGUCAUGGGGAUUGAGGUUGACAAGAAUAGUGCCACAAACCAAAACACUGAGAAGACUUUGCCCUAAAGAUCAAACCUUUGCCAAAGACUAGCUAAUCCAGCGUACCCUCCCCAGGCACUUCCCAUCGGGCACACCAGUGAGCUUCCAGGACAGUGCUUUUCUCAGAUUUCUGAACACUCUGUGUUUACAACCACUGAAACUUCCUCUCCAAUAGAUUGCAAUUUUCAGGCUCAAAUAAAACAGAAAAAGCUUUCUUCUUACUAUAGCAGCUUUGACUUUGUUUCUGGAAUUCCUGGUCCCUCAUCAGGGCAGGACAGCAGCCCCUGGCUUAUAUAAAAAAGACACCAAAGAGAGGCAUUCACAAACACACUCUGUAACUUUUCAUCCCACCAUGUGGCUGGGAAAUGGUGUGGCCAGUUUGGCAAACUAGUCCCUCAGAAAGAAAGCAAAGAUAGGCAGACCAUAGGAAAAGAAAAUAGGUUCUCGAGAAGGACACUAGAGCCACCUCUAAGUGCCUCUGUUGUUCUAGAAGACAACUGACUGCAAGAGAAACAGAAUGGUGUUCCUUCAAGUUCAGUUAGAGACUGGGAGCUGUGUAGUCAGCCCAGUGGUGUAGCUCUCCUCCCUGCCAGCACUCAGCUAGACACUGUAGCUUCAAUUCAGCCUGGUAGAAAGCAAACUCAAGCUGUGUAUGAAAUCACAAAAGGAAGUAAUGACCCUAGCCAAACUUUCCCAUUUUCUGGAGUGGUAUUUAAUUGCAAAAUUAUACAGCAGGCUUGGUUGAAGAGCAGACAUGGCCCAUGUACCAAAACCCACCUCAUUGUACAUAAAGUCAUGAAGAAAGAUUCUAUAAGCUUCUGGCCACUCAGCUAGAGUAGAGGUAUGCAAGAUUCUUUCUCAUCAUGUUUUCCUUCAUUUGGUUUUUAGGCUUCAGGCCCCAAAAUGCCAGCUAGGGCCUUGUCUCUACUCCUGGCUCUACUCUAUUUCAAUCCUUUGGGAUGCAGAGCUUAAGGCAGUUCUUCAGAAGCUAUUUCCAGGGUCAAAAUCUCUGCUUUGGUUUUGACUCUAGGUUUUCCAAAAAUGUAGGAUAUUUCCAGGAAUGUGGGGUAGAAAGCAUUUUAGAACUUUGUAAUUUUAUAACUGUUGAUGUGACUUAAGUAGCAUUGUUGAAGCAUAAGAACUAUAAAGAAAGAUAAAGGUAAAAGAAAACCAAGAUGUUGAAUUCAUGUU